AUGGUCCGCUGGCUUCUUCGCUCGAAUUGGCCCAACCGAAAACCCCUGUUCUCCAGCUCUGCGGCCACUGCGUGGGGAUCAUUACAGGUGUCAGACUGUGUUGAAGGUGUUCAAAGAUUGUUCAGCAACUCACUCAUGAUGAGGGAAAAGAGCAACAAGGGGAAAAUGCCCGCUCGGAAAUGCGACAUGUGUAGAGUAAUACAGGUGUCUCGAGCUAGUGCAGUGCCAAGGUGCUGUGCUUGGACCUUGUGA